AUGACAAUGGAGGAGAUGAAGAAUGAAGCGGAGACAAACUCCAUGGUAUCCAUGACGCUGUACGCUGUGAUGUAUCCAGUUUUCAAUGAGCUGGAGAGGAUCAACCUAUCAGCAGCUCAGACGCUCAGAGCAGCCUUCAUAAAGGCUGAGAGAGAGAACCCUGGUCUGACUCAGGACAUUAUCAUGAAGAUCUUGGAGAAAAAGAACGUCCAAAUCAACUUCACCGAAUCCCUACUGCGCAUGGCAGCCGAUGACGUGGAAGAGUUCAUGAUUGACCGGCCUGAGCAGGAAUUCCAGGACCUAAAUGAGAAGGCCAGAGCUCUGAAACACAUCCUCAGCAAAAUCCCAGAUGAGAUCAAUGACAGAGUACGCUUCCUACAGACUAUCAAAGACAUAGCCAGUGCCAUAAAGAGUACUGACACAGUCAACAACGUCAUUAAAAAAUAUCAGUACCAGAAUCGCAGAGCUCUGGAGCACCAGAAAAAGGAGUUCGUGAAAUACUCCAAAAGUUUCAGCGACACCCUCAAAACAUACUUCAAAGAUGGAAAGUAAGUAUCAACUUGACACUAAAAGUGUUGAAU